UCGAAAGAUGGCUGACGCUUUUGGGGAUGAGCUCUUCAGCGUGUUCGAGGACGACUCGACCACGGCUCCUGGAGCCAAAAAAGACAAAGAAAAGGAGAAGGGGAAAUGGAAGGGUCCGCCAGGGUCUGCAGAAAAGGCCGGAAAAUGUUUUGAUGGUAAAUUACAAUCAGAGUCAACUAAUGUUGGAAAAAACAAGAGAGAUGCAGACUUCGAGGGUGUUGAUGAACCUAUUUUUGGAAAGAAACCCAGGGUGGAAGAGUCAAUAACUGAAGAUUUAAGUUUGGCUGACCUGAUGCCCAGAGUCAAGGUACAGUCAGUUGAAACUGUCGAAGGGUGUACGCAUGAGGUUGCACUUCCUGCAGAUGAAGAUUAUCUACCACUUAAACCUCGAGUUGGAAAAGCUGCAAAGGAAUAUCCAUUCAUUCUUGAUGCUUUUCAAAGAGAAGCCAUUCAGUGUGUUGAUAAUAAUCAGUCUGUUUUAGUAUCUGCACAUACAUCAGCAGGAAAAACUGUUUGUGCUGAAUAUGCCAUUGCAUUGGCGCUAAGGGAAAAACAACGUGUAAUAUUUACUAGCCCAAUUAAGGCCCUGAGUAACCAGAAAUACCGUGAAAUGUAUGAAGAAUUUCAAGAUGUUGGUCUGAUGACUGGAGAUGUUACUAUUAAUCCUACAGCAUCCUGUCUUGUUAUGACCACAGAGAUUUUGAGAAGUAUGCUGUACAGAGGUUCUGAAGUUAUGCGAGAAGUUGCUUGGGUCAUAUUUGAUGAAAUUCAUUACAUGAGAGAUUCAGAGCGUGGUGUCGUAUGGGAAGAAACUAUUAUUUUGCUUCCUGAUAACGUUCACUAUGUCUUUCUUUCGGCUACUAUUCCAAAUGCCCGACAGUUUGCUGAGUGGAUUUGCCACUUACAUAAACAGCCUUGUCAUGUAAUUUACACAGAUUAUCGGCCUACUCCAUUACAGCACUAUAUUUUUCCAGCCGGGGGAGAUGGCCUGCACCUUGUGGUUGAUGAAAAUGGUGACUUCAGAGAAGAUAAUUUUAAUACUGCAAUGCAAGUACUUCGAGAUGCUGGUGAUUUGGCAAAAGGAGAUCAGAAGGGGCGAAAAGGAGGAACAAAAGGUCCAUCAAAUGUAUUCAAGAUUGUGAAGAUGAUUAUGGAAAGAAAUUUUCAACCUGUAAUUAUUUUCAGUUUUAGUAAGAAAGAUUGUGAAGCUUACGCACUUCAAAUGACCAAAUUAGAUUUCAACACAGAUGAGGAAAAGAAGAUGGUUGAAGAAGUUUUUAGUAAUGCAAUUGACUGCUUGUCUGAUGAAGACAAAAAGCUCCCUCAGGUUGAAAAUGUACUUCCUCUCUUGAAACGGGGGAUUGGUAUUCACCAUGGUGGUUUACUGCCUAUUUUGAAAGAAACUAUAGAAAUUCUCUUUUCUGAAGGAUUAAUAAAGGCCUUAUUUGCCACUGAGACUUUUGCUAUGGGGAUUAACAUGCCAGCUAGAACUGUUUUAUUUACAAACGCCCGAAAAUUUGAUGGGAAGGAUUUCCGAUGGAUUUCCUCUGGUGAAUAUAUUCAGAUGUCUGGUCGUGCUGGAAGGAGGGGAAUGGAUGAUAGAGGAAUUGUAAUUCUUAUGGUAGAUGAAAAGAUGAGCCCAACGAUUGGAAAACAACUACUUAAGGGCUCAGCUGAUCCUCUAAAUAGUGCUUUCCAUUUGACCUACAACAUGGUUUUGAACUUACUACGAGUAGAAGAAAUUAAUCCUGAGUACAUGUUGGAAAAAUCCUUCUACCAGUUUCAGCAUUAUAGAGCAAUUCCAGGAGUAGUAGAGAAGGUAAAGAACUCAGAAGAACAGUAUAAUAAAAUAGUAAUACCAAAUGAAGAAAGUGUAGUCAUCUACUACAAGAUUAGACAGCAGCUUGCCAAAUUGGGUAAAGAAAUUGAAGAAUACAUUCACAAACCAAAAUAUUGCUUACCCUUUUUACAGCCAGGUCGUUUGGUAAAGGUGAAGAAUGAAGGAGAUGAUUUUGGUUGGGGUGUAGUGGUGAAUUUCUCAAAGAAAUCCAAUGUUAAGCCUAAUUCUGGUGAACUGGAUCCGUUAUAUGUAGUAGAAGUACUUCUGCGUUGCAGCAAAGAGAGCUUGAAAAAUUCAGCUACUGAGGCUGCAAAGCCAGCUAAGUCUGAUGAGAAAGGAGAGAUGCAGGUUGUUCCAGUUUUGGUGCAUCUCCUGUCUGCUAUCAGCAGUGUUAGACUUUACAUCCCCAAAGACCUUCGACCACUGGACAACAGACAGAGUGUUCUAAAAUCAAUACAGGAAGUUCAGAAACGUUUUCCUGAUGGUGUUCCCUUAUUAGACCCUAUUGAUGACAUGGGCAUUCAGGAUCAAGGACUGAAAAAAGUUAUCCAGAAAGUAGAGGCCUUUGAGCAUCGAAUGUAUUCUCAUCCUCUUCACAAUGAUCCAAAUUUGGAAACUGUGUAUACACUUUGUGAAAAAAAAGCACAGAUUGCAAUAGACAUUAAAUCCGCAAAGCGAGAACUAAAGAAAGCAAGAACUGUCCUACAAAUGGAUGAGCUCAAAUGUCGCAAACGUGUUUUAAGGAGGUUGGGAUUUGCUACAUCUUCUGAUGUCAUAGAGAUGAAAGGACGAGUGGCUUGUGAGAUAAGCAGUGCUGAUGAGCUCCUUCUAACUGAGAUGAUGUUUAACGGCCUUUUCAAUGACCUGUCUGCAGAACAAGCAACAGCACUACUGAGCUGCUUUGUGUUUCAGGAGAAUUCUAGUGAGAUGCCCAAAUUAACAGAGCAGUUAGCAGGACCACUUCGUCAAAUGCAGGAAUGUGCUAAAAGAAUUGCAAAAGUUUCAGCAGAAGCCAAGUUGGAAAUUGAUGAGGAGACUUAUCUAAGCUCAUUUAAACCUCACUUAAUGGAUGUAGUAUACACCUGGGCAACUGGAGCUACAUUUGCCCAUAUCUGCAAAAUGACAGAUGUCUUUGAAGGCAGCAUAAUUCGUUGUAUGAGGCGCCUGGAAGAACUACUUCGACAAAUGUGUCAAGCAGCAAAAGCCAUUGGAAACACUGAGCUGGAAAAUAAAUUUGCAGAAGGAAUCACCAAAAUUAAGAGAGAUAUUGUGUUUGCCGCCAGCCUCUACUUAUAAACAGUCAGCUAAGGAAUGUGGAAUUGUGAACUGUUCUCCACCUGUCUGAUUACAAUCAACUGUAAAUGCCUAUAAGUAUUGAUUUGGUUUUCCUAUCUCAAGACAGUUGUCCUGAAACAUUUUAAUAUGUAUUAUAUUUAAAUCAAGCAUCAUUCUAAGAAAGCAUAUUACAUACACAUUUGUACAUGAGCGUUACAUUUUUUAAUAAAAAAAUGUACAGGGGGGGCAUUGUUUAGUGAAAGGCCGUUGAAAUUUUUUUAAAUGAACUUACAGCUAUUAGAUAACCAUUGUGUUAAAUGUAACUAUAUACACACAGGUAAAGUAGGCAUCCAAGAGGUAUAGUAGCAGCAGUCCCUUACAGGCUUGUACACCGGGAAGAAAGACGCAUCCUCUUGCCUUCUGGUUGCAAUCAUUUUUCUUUAGAAAGCAGGCCAGCUUCAUCUGGGCACUCUGCCACCUUCAAGGCUGGUGACUGUUCCGAUAGUGAUUCCCUGUCGUCGGUGUUUCAUGCAGAGUUGUAUGAGAAUCCUCCUCUUUUCUUUCUUUAAAAGGAGAAUUUCUCUUUUUGAAGAAAUCUGAUACAUAUACAGCCUAUGGAGAACAGGUAACAUUUAGAAUGGGGCAGAGUAUUAAAUGAUAAAAUUUUAAAUAAAUAAGCUGA